ACAACGUAUUACAUGCCCUUCCUCCAUAGCCAGACCUCAAAAUCCUAAAAUUUCAAUUCUGAUCUCUCUCUCUCUCUCUGCAAUCACGUGGUGUUCGUGUUCCUAUCCGUUGAUAACUGACUUCCAACGUACAUAGCUCUCCCAUAUAUUCUUCCAACAUCAGCUACUUCAUGGAGCAUGCAUUGAGCGCUGGUCUUUCAAGCAUCAGUCUCCGACCAAACUCAGGGCCAAAGAAAAAUCCAAACGACAUCCGAGAAGCGAAGACGCAGCAGCGAGAGCUUGAUAUGUUUCCGGAAGCAGAAGUGGCAUCUGAUGUUAAGCCUCAGUCAGAUGUUACUAAGACCAAGAUGGUACAAUUUGAUCAGCCUUUGACAAAUAAUCCGGAGAACAGUCAGGUGCCCAGAAACCAAUUGUCGCCCCCGUUUAGAAGAAAAAAAGGAGGGCCUCUAGUCAAAUCCAACUUACCAGCUAAAAGGGGAAAUCUCUCUGAAUACGAUCGUCUGUUGAAAACAACAGCGGAUAGGAUAAUGAACAAGCAUACCCCAACUAUGUUUGAUCUGCGACAAGAUCACCCAAUUUACAGUGGGAUUAAAUCAGCUGAAACCUUAGUGGGGACUAUUUCACUGAUAUAUAACAAGGCUGUGAUGGAACCAGCAUAUUGUCACCUGUACGCUCUUCUGUGCCGCGAUCUUAGUCUACAGCUCCCACCUUUCCCAUCUGAUGAACCUGAUGGUGAAGAAAUUACUUUGAAGAAAGUCCUACUGAAUCAAUGCCAGGAGACAUUUGAGCGUGCUGACGAACUGAGGGAAGAAUUAAGCCAAAUGACUGCUCCGGAGCAAAAGAUGGAGCGCCGGGUUAGAGAAAGAAGGCUCAAGCUUCGUUUUCUUGGAAACAUCCGUUUACUUGGAGAGCUUUAUAAGCAGAAGAUGGUAACUAAAAAAAUCGUUCAUCACAUUGUUCAGAAGCUACUAGAACCUCCGGAGGAAAACGUGGAAGCUGUAUGUCAGUUACUUAACACUAUUGGUAAGAAGCUUGACCGCAAAAAAUCACGGGCUUUAACUGAUAUAUACUUUAGCCGAUUGAAGGAACUGAGCACAAACCCACAAUUGGCCCCUCGACUGAGUUUCAUGAUUCGUGACAUUCUUGAUUUGAGAGAAAACAACUGGGUUCCCAGAGGUGAAGAGGUGAAACCUAAAUUCAUCCCUGAAAUACACUCAGAAUCGCAGAAUCAAGGGAACACCAGCCAAGGGAAAUUCAUCCCCACGAUCAAAAAAGCUGCAAUGUUGAGUAAUCUUCAGAGAAAAACAGUCUCUCUUAUUGAGGAAUAUUUCACUAUCAGACUUUUGGACGAAGCGCUUCAGUGUGUGAAGGAACUAAAUUCUCCAGAUUACCACCCGGAGGUUGUCAAGGAAGCUAUUUCCCUCGGACUAGAGAAAGGUCCACCCUGUGUUGAACCAGUUGUGAAGCUUCUUGAGUAUCUGUUUGCUGAGAAAGUUCUUGCAGAUGGAGACAUAGAGCUUGGAUGUUUACUUUAUGGCUCAAUGUUGGAUGAUGUUAGUCUUGAUGUACCCAAAGCACCAAAUGGUUUUGUUGAAAUUAUUGGGAAACUAGUUUUGGCUGGGGUCUUGGAUUUUACAGUGGUGAAUAAGGUGGUUAAGAAGGUGGAAGAUGAACGGUUGCAGAAAGCUAUAUUUGAUGGAGUAGAGCUGAUUGUUAAUUCAACUUCGUCUGGACAGAGUGUUUUGGAAUCACAAUUAAGCAUCUGAUGAUGACUGAUAUUUUGUAUAAUUGUAAAUGAAUUGAACUGUUAUAAACACAGGUUGAACUUGGUAAAAAGUUUGUUUAUCUAGAUUUUAUAUAGGCUUUUAA